GCCUUUAAACUUUUGCCCUUUAGCUUAUUUGGAGUGAUUUUUAGAGGUUUUCUCUUUGCCAUUUUAGGUACAAGCCACUUUUGGGAAAACUUCUGCUAUUGCGGCAACACUCGAGAGCUGUUAUUGCAGAAAUAAUAGCUUCUUUCUUUGGUAUCUGAAAAAUAUCAGUGCUGUUUAGCUCUGUUUAAAACAGGUUUAGAUGGCAAGAAUACCCUUAUGGCUGCAUUAGAGCUGUCAGCAUUGUUGGAGCAGAAAACACAGGACCUGCAAUAGUGCCAAAAGGAGGAUGUGACUUGUGUUGCAGAGGUGAGGUUAUGGGUUCCUUAUUAGUCUUUGUCUUGUGACCCCAAAAUGGGCAACUGCAGUGGUUUUUAGACUCUUCCUAGUUCUUUAACGCCUUCUAGAGUAAUGGUUGCUGAGAUGGGAGAGUGGCUGGCAUGGAAAUGAUGGUUAAAAAAUGUAGAUAGACGUUCCAAAUUUACAUUUUGUCCCCAAAAUGUCUGCCUCCUCUUAUUUACCACUCAGGAAAACAGAGACGCAUGGAAUCACAUUUCAGAUUCAAAUCAGUGUGAAAGAACUACUGGAUACAGAUGUACUCUUAAAGCUGUUAUUUCAUUUACCAGUCAGUUAUCCAUCGACUCUACCAGAUAUUUCUGUUAGCUCAGCCCAGCUUACAAGGGCCCAAUGUAUGGAUGUGAAAGAGAAAUUACUUGAACAAGCAAAGAAGCAUCUUUCUGAACCCAUGGUACAUGAUCUGAUUCUUUGGAUACAGCAGCAUCUUAAAUAUGUCAUUAAGCAAUCAGCAACAGUUUGCCAUGAAAAAACUACUUUGUCAAAAGAGAAGAGUACAGAGGACGGAAUCUGGAUGCUCCUUUUGCAUUUAGAUCACAUGAGAGCCAAGGCAAAAUACGUCAGAACUGUGGAAAAAUGGGCUUUGGAUCUAAGGCUGACUGGAAGACUGAUGUUCAUGGGCAAGAUAAUAUUGAUUCUUCUUCAGGGUGACAGGAGCAACAUUAAGGAGUACUUGGUUCUUCAGAAAACUUCUAAGGUAGAUGUGGACUCAAGCGGAAAGAAAUGCAAAGAGAAAAUGAUUAGUGUACUGUGUGAGAAAAAAUUACAGGCACAGCAGAAAAGGUUUCAGACGUUUGAAGUCAAAGAAUAUUCAACACUGGAUGAGCUGCGAAAGGAAUUUGAGAACUCAGGACUUACAACUCUUUUCUUGGAGUUUGUGCCUCCUCUCUUGAAAUAGAAUUAAAAGAAAGCACUGGACCGUUGAGCAAACCAGUAGUAAACUGCAGGUGCUGAUGGAAGAUAAAAUGUCUAAUUUGGCAAACAACAUUAAAGCUUUUCUGCAAAAGAUGCCGGAAGUAGCCAUCCUCUUGCAAGAAGGAGAAUUCAUACAUUAAGAACAGAUAAUUUCUUGACCUUUAUGUACUGAUAACUUAUUCCAAGGAAUGUGAAAUUAAUUGUGAUAACUGCAUGGUUAAGUGUGAGAGAAUGGGGAAGAAAUCAUGUUAAAAUAAUAGUCUUUUAGUUAGAAUCAGUUUGCAAGCCCUGUUUUUCAGUGUUUUGAGUUUUGUCUCACGGUGGUGGUUUUUCAUAAUGGCCUGCUAGAAAGCAUGAUUAGUUUUGCUUUGAAAACUUACAUGAGGAUAUUUCUAUAAAAAGAGAAUCAAACACAGAUUUUAAUAUGAGGACAACAUAUUCUUAAUAUCGCUUAGGAGUUCAUCUGCUAACUUUCCCUUCUCCAUUUAUUUGAUUAUAAAUGCUAGACGGUUGAUGUAAAGGAAAAAGUCAUGUCACUUGUGGCCUGAAAACACUUCAAGUGUCAUUUUGAAUGUUAGUUCUUGUUCUAAAAUGCACAAAAACACCUAAGUGGAGAAUUGAAAUUGAUUAAAAACCUAAGGUAAAGGCAAUUGUAGUAUUUUCUUUGAUAGUUGACAGAUUCCUUUUUGCGCUUGAUCUGGUUUUACUGUCUGUGCAUCUGUAGAUAACUUGAUGGAAUUAAAAUGUCAGAGCAGUCUA